AUGGGUUCUCCACACCACCAGGCACUGGCCAGUCAGCAGCCUGUUCAGCAGCCACCCUUCCAAAAAUUGACCAAUCAGCAGCAGGAAGGGUCGAGACAGAUGCAGCCGCAGCAGCAGAAGCCCCAGACAGCCCUGGGGAGCGGACCUUUCGAACCAACUGCAGCAAAGCAACCUGGAGACACAAAGGCCCCUGUCCAGGCCACACCUACACCUGCAAUCGAGCCCCUGAAACAACCAAAGGCCACGGAAGAGACUACGCCAAAACCAGAGAAGUUGGUGGAACCCGCCAUAGACACCAAACCGACUCAGAAGAAGGGAGAACCAAUCACAYCAAUAAAAGAGAUAAAGAAGUCGAGAUAUGAUGAGACCAAGAACAGCACUCAGGACCUGUCGCGGAGCCCCCAGAGCCUGAGCGACACGGGCUACUCCUCCGACGGCAUCUCCAGCUCCCACAGCGAGAUCAUCGGCCUCAUCCAGGAGGAGGAGAUGAAGCUGAGUGAGAGGGGCAUCAGCGGGCGUGGCAGCCCCCCCAGCCCCUCCGAGAUCACCAAGCUGGAGAGCUCCAUGAGGCCCCUGCUGGAGUGCAAGACCCUGCCAGUUGAGGAGAGGGAGCGCGAAAGGGGCCGAGGCCGGCACCACCGAGAGCAGAGACCCCGGUCGCUGUCCAUCACUCCGGAGGCCUAUGACUCUGAUGAGGAGCUGGAGGACAUUGUGGAAGAGGAGGAGGAGGAYGGAGGAGACUGGGAGUCCAAACAGGAGCACAAGAGCAGUGCCGCUCCCAAAGAGGAGAAGAAAGUGGCUGAGCCGGAGCCGAUGACAGAUGAGGAGUUCAUGAGGAGGCAGAUCAUGGAGAUGAGCGCUGAYGAGGACAACGAGGAAGAGGAGGAGGACAUGGAGGAAGAGGACGAGGAGGACGAAGGCUACGGCUACCAAAAACCUAAAAAAACACACAAGCACAUCUCAGAGUUGACGAAAGAGAAGCGCCGCCUCUCUCACCAGUCCAGCAGCUUUGAGGAGGACACCAAAAGCUCCAGCGACAUCUACAAAUGUUCUGCGGAGGAAGGAGAGGAGGGGGGUCUGGGGGGCCUGCGCCGCUUCAAGACAAUCGAGCUCAACAACACCAACAGCUACAGCCGCGACAUGGAGCUCAACAACGAGAACGACCUCAGCCUGGACCGAGAGCCCGAGUUGGAGAUGGAGAGCCUGACGGGGUCUCCCGAGGAGCGCUCCAGGGGUGAGUACUCCUCCACCCUGCCACCCACCACCUCCAGCUAUAACUCUGGCACCUCCCCCACCUCCAUCUCCUCCAUGGAGGAAGACAGCGACAGCAGUCCCAGUCGCAGGCAGAGACUGGAGGACGCCAAGCAGCAGAGGAAGGCCCGCCACCGCUCCCACGGUCCCCUGUUGCCCACCAUUGAGGACUCCUCGGAGGAGGACGAGCUGAGAGAGGAGGAGGAGCUGCUGCGGGAGCAGGAGAAGAUGAGGGAUCUGGAGCAACAGAGGAUCCGCAGCACGGCUAGGAAGACCAAAAGAGAUAAGGAGGAGCUGAGGGCCCAGAGACGCAGGGAGAGAUCCAAGACGCCCCCCAGCAACCUCUCCCCCAUCGAGGAUGCCUCCCCUACUGAGGAGCUGCGACARGCUGCRGAGAUGGAGGAGCUCCACCGAUCCUCUGCMUCAGAAUACUCCCCCCAGAGCCUUGACUCAGAGGCUGAGGGAUACGAGUCUAAACUCUACAAGUCUGGCAGCGAGUAUAACUUGCCCACGUUCAUGUCUCUGUACUCUCCUACUGAGAAGUCGUCGACGACCUCAACCACCACCGCGCCCUCCAGCAGCAAGCCCCUGAAGAGUGCUGAGGAGGUGUAUGAGGAAAUGAUGAGGAAAGCCGAGUUGCUGCAGAAACAACAGAAACAGCAACAGCAGCAGCAACAAGGGAGACACAACAGUGCAUAUGAGGACGACACGAAUGGCCAACAGUAUGAAGAUGAGUAUGAGUAUGAGCAGGCUGAGACUAGUUAUGAAAACGAGGCGGCAGAGACAGGAGACAUCUACGAAGAGAUCCGCCAGACCUCCCAAAACAUCACUAAGAUGCAUCAAUCCUCAGCCCUGGAGUUACAGCAGCAAGCAGACAAGCAGGUGGAAAUAGACGACAGCACCUAUCCAGAUAAGCAGCUUUUAGAUACAGGGUCGGCCUUCGCUAAGCUGCUUGAGCAGACCAAUGACUUAUUGACUCCUGGCAACAGCCCCACUCAGCUCUCUGCACCUGUGACUUUUUCUGAGACCGGAGGAAGGAUCCCUGAUGUACGGGUGACACAACACUACUCCAAAGAUGUCCAUAAAGCCGGGAUGAAGAGCCAGACGGGUAAAAAUGGCAUUACUCCAGUGGCGGCCGCCACCACAAUAGCAGCCUACGGGGUUUAUUCCCGGGAUGCAGUGACCAUCUCUCACACAAGCGCUAGUCAAACGAUGACGACCAGCCAAUCCAUCAUGUAUGGUCGACAAACUGGAGGACCUGCCACUUCAACCACAACCAUCUCAAAUGUGUGCAGCAAGAUAGCGGAGAUAACACAGGCUUACAGCCAAAGAGAGGUGGUUGCGAGAAGGGUGGGCGAGAGCCGAGGGGUCCAAGCUAGAGAGAGUGCGACAUCUUCAGAGCAUGUCAUAGAGCCCCGCUCGCCAAAGAUGUACUCGUACUACAAGAGCUCCAGCUCCCCUCUGUCUCCCUCUGCCUCGCCCACUGAGAGCCCAAGUCGCUCACCCUCCAGGAGUGCCGAGAUAUCCACUCAGACAUUCAGCCCAGGCAUAGAGGCUCUGUCGGCUGGCUCGGGGCCCACCUCCCCAGUGAUGGCCCAGGGGACACAGACAUCUCAAAGGGCCGUAUCCCCACGUCUCUUCAGACAGCAAUCCUCCCAGCAUGCCCCCUACAUGGUCGCAGAGCCCACAAGCCCUGCCAAACCAAUGACGGUCAACACCGCCACGUCACCUUUAUCCUCGCCCACCAGAUUCAUCCAACAGUCGACAUUUGACAGCUACUCUCCACAGGCCAGUCCGCCAGACACCCCUCCAUACCACCAGUCUCCCCAGCACAGCUUCUAUAGGAUGCAGAAGGUGGAGAAGGUCAGUGUUGGAACCAGCAUGGUCACCACAGCUAGCACCUACAGCCGUGGUUCCAUGUCUAUGGACAACAUCUCUCUCUGCAGGAUCUCCAGCAUCCCUGGGACCUCGAGUGUCGAGCCGGGCCAGAUGAUCCAUGGUGGGAGUGUGGUGGAUCUGAGAACAGUAGAUCUGAGAACAGCCACUAACGCAGCUCCCAUUAUCAUGACUGCCCAUGGCAUGGAUCUUACCUCCCUGGCCAGAGAAACACGCAAAUACACCAGCGGGCCCGAGGGGAGCCACCCCUCCAGUAUCAUCCAGCCCCUCAUCAUGAACCUGAACACCCAGCAGCAGCCCCACGUAAUGGUAUCCACUGCAACCACGAUGAGCGUCACGGUGGCCACCUCCAUGUUCAUAUCACAGCCCCAACAGCCCAUGGUCUAUGGGGACCCUCUACAAAACAGAGUUGACCUCGGUCAGGGCAUGGGCUCAGCCAUGUGCCUGUCACAGAACAAACCACCUCCCACUGACCCAUCCAUCCCCAAGAUCGACGCCAAGCUGGAGGACCUGAGCAUCCAGCAGCAGCAGCUUCUCCAGCAGCAGCAAAAGCUUCAACAGCAACAGCAGCUCUUGGAGCAACAGCUCCAGCAACACCACCAGAUGCAGCAGCAGUCCUCCGUAGCUCGGUUCAACCUACCAGGCCAGAUGACGCUGCUCAAGAAAGACCUUCUGGUCAGCCAAACCAGCAAUACCGCAGCCGUGGUCAGUACUAUAUCCCCUGCCGUUGCCCCUGAUAUCUACGGCACUGGAGGUCCCCUGGAGCUGAAGAGCAAACCAACCCCGGCAGGUGUGAUGCACCUGGCUGGGGGUGGGCCUCAUGGCAUGAUGGUCCAAAUGGAUGGGGCCCCACAGGGAGGACCAGUGACCCAGCUGGUGAAGACAGAGGAGGGCAAGGAUGCCGUGGACCUCACAGGGGGGCAGAUUAAAGCUGAGAACCAACCAGCUUGCUGUGAUGUUGUGUACCACCUCCCAUUUGGAGGUAGCUGCGUUGGCGGACCAUUCUCCCAAAAGCCAAAUGUUGAUGAGAAARUGGCCACUCAAGAGCCAAGACCACACUCUGUGCCACCACUCUCUUAUGAGUCGGACCAGGAGGGCCAGUAUCAGGAGUUUUCUAUGGAUGGGCGUAAAGCCUACACAUUACCGUUCCCUGGCCGGCUACAGCCCUCGAUGUCUGACACCAACCUAGCAGAGGCCGGACUCCAGUCCUACCACUCCAAGAUGGACCCACACUUCCAGACCUCUGGAGAGCUGGCUGUGGACCUCAGCACCAUGAAACACACCUAUGAGGGAGGCUUCCUCGGACUGGGCAUGCAGUAUGGCUCCUACACUGACCUACGCCAUGGAGGGGACAUCACUGCAACUGCCCUGCCCAUACGCAGAUUCAACUCCCUGUCAAACAUCAGCUCUGACUAUGGCUACUCUCCCCGAGACCUCGCUAACUUCCAGGAGUCCAACCUGGCCCAGUACAGUGCCACCACUGCCAGAGAGAUCAGUCGAAUGUGCGCUGCCCUCAACUCAAUGGACCGCUAUGGGAGCAACCCAGAGCUUGUGCAAUACGGUGUAGGCAGAGGAACAGGUCCAGGUGGCAGGCUUAACUCUAUGAGACAAAAUAUGCUCUAUGGACCUGACGGGAAGCCAAUCUCUCACACCCAAGCGCUCACCAACAUGAUCAAUGCCAGGCAAGCCAGCCUCCGAGCCAUGUACCCGUCUGCCAUGAGGUCUGCAGAUGGGAUGACCUAUUCUACCAUCAACACACCCAUCGCCUCCACCUUGCCAAUCACUACCCAGCCUGCCUCAGUGCUGCGCCCGCUAUUAAGUGGAGUGUACAGGCCUUUACCCACAGCCAAUAUGACACCUGUGCCUCUGGCCAGCCUCACCAGGAUGCCUGUGAACCCACGGAUGCCUAUGUCUGGACAGGCCCCAUACCGUUAUCCGGCUCCCAACGUCUUCCCAUCUACGACGUCGGCCCCUGUGAGCAUGCCUGCCGCCGUCACCACCACUCAGGAUGCCCCAAUCUACCUAGGGAAGCCCUCUGUGACAUCAAGUGGAUCUGAUCCCCUGUAUCAAUCUCCUGUUGCCCAUACAUCAGCCUCAGUGAGCUUGCCAACGGAGUCCGAGCAGCAGCCCAUAAACCUGACCCAGGCUCACCUCCACACUCAGGCCCCAGGGCAGCCCCAGGUCCAGCCUCAGAACCAGCCCCCAGCUCAGCCCCAGCACAUGCAACCUCAAUUCCACCCUCAGGGCCAGCAUCCACCCCAGAGCCAGCCACCUCCAGCCCAUGCUUACCCCCCAACACAAAGCUACACUGGGCCCCAGAGCAGCACCCAGCCCCAUCACCCAACCCCACCCUCCAGCGGCCCUGUCAACCCGGAGACCGAGACUGAGGAGGAGAGGCUGCACCGCCAGCAGGAGCAGCUUCUGCAAAUGGAGCGGGAACGCGUGGAGUUGGAGAAGCUGCGUCAGCUGCGUCUGCAGGAGGAGCUGGAGAGAGAGCGCAUGGAGCUGCAGCGGCACCGUGAGAAAGAGCAGAUGCUGGUGCACAGGGAGAUCCAGGAGCUGCAGACCAUCAAGGAGCAGGUCCUGCAGCAGCAGCAGGCUGAGAGGGAGAGCCAGCUGGUGAUGCAGAAGGAGCAGUUGGCCCAGCAGAAAGCCCAGCUUGACCAGAUCCAGUCGCUGCAGCAGCAGCUCCAGCAGCAGCUCGAGGAGCAGAAGCGACAAAAGACUGCUGCAGCUGCUGCUGCUGCAGCCACCGCAGCCGCUCAGUUGGACCAGAGCGGCCAGAUGCUGCAGCCCUACAGAAACCAAAUGGGCUUCAGGUCCCUGCCCAACUCCUCCUCAGACAUGUGUCUAAGGAACAAUGAGGAGCAGAUGGAGACCAGGACCAACAUGAGAAAGCAGAACUCCACCUCCAUGCCCCGACUGAGGGAUGGAAUGGAGGGCGAGAGCGUUGAGUUCUACGGAGCCCGGAGGAUCGUGGACAGUUGCGUUCAAACAGACGAAGAGGACGGUGAGGAGAGGUACAUCAUGUCUAGGCGCAGACGCAACAGGCGCAGCGUGGACCGCAGCGUCCAGACCGACGACGAUGAGGAGAAAGUGGAGUGGGAGCAGCCUGUGAGACGCAGACGCUCACGCUUCUCCAGGCACUCGGAUCCCGGGGCCGACCACAAGACUGACACAGCCUCCAAGACGGCCACCUCAUCCAGCAUCGCCAUUCAGACCAUUCGAGACUGCUCCUGCCAGACCGAAACAGACCAGCUGGGGAAGGUGUCCCCGGCCAUCCACGUCACUGUCCCAGACCCGAACAAAGUGGAGAUCGUCCACUACAUAUCAGGCCCUGAAAGGACCCAGAAGGGUCAAAGCCUAGCCUGCCAAACAGAUGUGGAGGCCCAGUCUCAGGGCGUGGUGGUGCCACAGCUCAGCGUGCCCACCACCAUCAGCCCCUACUCCACGGGUAUCCAGCUGGUUGGCUCCGCCGACCCGCGGCAGCAGCAGAACAGGAGGAGGUCUGACCCCAUGGAGAUCAGCUACCAGACCCAGACCCAGACCCAGCCCAUGAACCACCUCCACAAUGAGUCCCUCUCCAGCCUGAUCCGUCAGCCCCCCAAGUCCCCCCAGGUGCUCUACUCCCCCGUUUCCCCCAUCUCCCCCCACCGCCUCUUGGAGACGUCCCUCUCCACCGGCGGGCUGAACAAGGCCCAUGUCACUCCCCAGCAGAAGGCCUACACAGCCGAGUCACCCCAGCGCCACCCCAGCAUGCCCCGCCCUAUUAAGAACACACAGAGGUCCAUGUCUGACCCCAAGUUGCUGAGCCCCACCACUGACGAGCACACUAAGGCCAGGCUAAACCUGUACCAGCAGCAAGCUCUUCAGAGCCAGCUUGCUGCCCUGCAGCAGAGCGCUCUGAGGAAGGUGAAGAGGACCCUGCCCAGCCCCCCUCCAGAGGAGAGCCACCUCCCCAUCAUCACCCCGGCCGUCCCUCAAAUGUACAUGCCCGCUGUGCACUCCCUGAGGGCCGGGUCCAGGCCAGGUCUGGCAGCCAAAGCCAGCCUGCUGAAGGACCUCACCCACGAGCUGAAGGCCGUGGAGCAGGAGUCCACCAAGCUCCGCAACUGGCCGCCCUGCAGCAGAGCGCCCUGA